AGCCGCCCAGCACAGCCACCCAAAUUGCUCUCUCUCUCGCCCCUCUUUCUUCUCUCUCUCGCCCCUCUUGAAGGGGAAAAAAGAAAAAAAAUUCUCAUCCCACCACAGAAGCAAAGGAGAGGAACAAGAAACCAGAAGCAGCAUCAGUGCGGCAGAGGAGAUCAUGGGAAGAAGCCCCUCUCACCUGCACCUCCCCCACUCCUCUUUCUCAUUCCCACGCCUCCCCCUGACACACAACUCCCCCUUCCUUUACCUUCUGAAACGCUCUUAAGUCAGUCCGCUCAGAGAGAGAGAGAGAGAAGAGAGAGAGAGAGCAGAGAGAUAUUAGAUAGGUACAUCUAAUAAUAAAGGACACACGAGAGACAGACACAGAGAGAGAGAGAGAGAGAGAGAGAGUGAGGGUAAAAAGGGUCGAGUUAGCCACUUCUUAGCAGCAGCAGCUUCAGCUCGGCAAUGGAGGAUUCACUGAAAUCCCUCUCCAUGGACUACUUGAACCUCCUGAUCAACGGCCAGGCCUUCAGCGACGUCACCUUCAGCGUCGAGGGCCGGCUCGUCCACGCCCACCGCUGCAUCCUCGCCGCCCGCAGCCUCUUCUUCCGCAAGUUCUUCUGCGGCCCCGACCCCCCUUCGCCAGGCCUCCUCCUCCUCCACCACCAGGACCUCCACUCCCACCACCACCACCACCAAAGCCCCCGCUCCCCCUCCGGCGCAUCCGCCUCCUCCCCCCGAGGCGGCGCCUCCCCCGGCUCCGCCGCUGCUGGCGGUGCCGGCCCCGUCGUCAUCCCGGUGAAUUCCGUCGGCUACGAGGUCUUCCUUCUGCUGCUGCAGUUCCUCUACAGCGGCCAGGUCUCCCUCGUCCCGCAGAAGCACGAGCCGCGCCCGAACUGCGGCGAGCGCGGCUGCUGGCACACCCAUUGCACCGCCGCCGUUGACCUCGCCCUCGACACCCUCGCAGCCGCCCGCUCCUUCGGCGUCGAGCAGCUCGCACUGCUCACCCAGAAGCAACUGGCGAGCAUGGUCGAGAAGGCGUCGAUCGAGGACGUGAUGAAGGUGCUCAUGGCGUCUCGCAAGCAGGACAUGCACCAGCUCUGGACCACCUGCUCCCACCUCGUCGCCAAGUCCGGCCUCCCGGCGGAGGUCCUCGCCAAGCACCUCCCCAUCGACGUCGUGGCCAAGAUCGAGGAGCUCCGCCUCAAGUCCUCCCUCGCCCGCCGUUCCUCCUUCAUGGCCCACCACCACCCUCUCGACAUCGCCGCCGCCGGCGCUGGCCCAUCCUCCUCCGCCGCCGCCGAGCUCGAGGACCACCACCACAAGAUCCGCCGCAUGCGCCGCGCCCUCGACUCCUCCGACGUCGAGCUCGUCAAGCUCAUGGUCAUGGGCGAGGGGCUCAACCUCGACGACGCGCUCGCCCUCCACUACGCCGUCGAGAACUGCAGCCGCGAGGUUGUGAAGGCGCUCCUCGAGCUCGGCGCGGCCGACGUCAACUGCCCUGCACGCCCUGCGGGGAAGACUCCUCUCCACAUCGCCGCCGAGAUGGUCUGCCCGGACAUGGUUGCCGUCCUCCUCGACCACCAUGCCGACCCCAACAUCCGGACGGUCGACGGGGUCACUCCACUCGACAUCCUCCGCACUCUUACUUCGGACUUCCUCUUCAAGGGUGCCGUCCCGGGGCUCUCGCACAUCGAGCCCAAUAAGCUCCGGCUCUGCCUCGAGCUCGUCCAAUCUGCCGCGCUCGUCAUGUCGAGGGAGGAGGCGGCCAACUGUGGCAGCGGCGGAGGUAGCCAUCCCACCACAGACAUCUACCCGCCGAUGAAUCCCGAGCCGAGCAAUUGCAACGCCAGCAGCGCCAGCAACAGCAUGGUUAACCUCAGUCUCGACUCCAGAAUGGUUUAUCUCAAUCUCGGCAUAGCGGCGCAGUUGGGGUGCAAGAUCGAUGAUGGGGGUGAAGAUGAUAGCAGCAGCAGCAGGUCUCAAGGGGGUGGCGGUGGCAUUGGCCCAUCCUCUAUGUAUUCUUCUCAUGGCUUCCCAUAGCUACCUUGUAAGCUAAACAAGGAACCUCCUAUUUGUCUUUCAGUUUCGAAUUAUAUAUCACAUUAUAUCAUUCUCUGA